CGCUGUGGGCGCGGAGCUGCGAGGCGGAGCCGGGCCGCCGAGCCGGAGCCGCGAGCCGAGCCGCGCGUCGCUCCAGCCGCCGGGCCGCCGCCGAGCAGCCGCUCCGUGCCCCGAGCCUCGGGAACAAAGGCGCCGCCGCCCGCCUGCCCGCGCCGCAGCCGCCAUGAAGCCGGGGCCGCCGCACCGUGCCGGGGCUGCCCACGGGGCAGGAACCGGGGCCGGGGCAGGCGCCGCGGCCGGGCCCGGGGCCCGCGGGCUGCUCCUGCCCCCGCUGCUGCUGCUGCUGCUGGCGGGGCGCGCCGCGGGGGCACAGCGCUGGCGCAGUGAGAACUUUGAGAGGCCCGUGGACCUGGAGGGCUCAGGGGAUGACGACUCCUUUCCCGAUGAUGAAUUGGAUGACCUAUACUCGGGGUCAGGCUCAGGCUACUUCGAGCAGGAGUCGGGCCUUGAGACAGCUAUGCGGUUCAGCCCAGAUGUGGCCCUAGCCAUGUCCACCACGCCUGCCGUACUGCCCACCACAGACAUCCAGCCUGUGGGCACCCCGUUCGAAGAGCUUCCCUCCGAGCACCCCACCCCGGAGCCAGUCACCAGCCCCCCAGUAGUGACAGAAGUCCCGGAAGAGCCCAGUGAGAGAGCGACCACCAUGGCCACCACCGUGGCCAUCACCACUGCCACCACCACUGCCACCACAACAGGAGCCUCGACCAUGGCCACUGUGGCCACCAUGCCCACCACUGUGGCCACCGCCGCCCCCAGCAUCCCUGCAGCACCCCCUUCCACAGGCACCACUGCUGUGGUGAGGACCACCGGCAUCUGGAGGCUUCUGCCUCUUCCACUGACCACGGCUGCCAUAGCCCCAGCCAGCACACCCGCAGCGCCCUCACCUCCCACCUCGGGGCUUCCCUUGGACACAGAGGCGCCCACCCCCCGGCUGGUCAGCACAGCUACCUCCCGGCCUAGAGCCCUUCCCAGGCCAGCCACCAGCCAGGAGCCCACCAUCCCUGAGAGGAGCACCCUGCCCUUGGGCACCACAGCCCCUGGGCCCACAGAGAUGGCUCAGACCCCGACUCCGGAAUCCAUCCUGACUACCGUCCGGGCUGAGUUAGAGGUGCCAGUAAGCGGAGGACCCAGUGGGGACUUUGAGCUGCCAGAAGAAGAGACCACACAGCCAGAUGCAGCCAAUGAGGUGGUGGCUGUGGGAGGGGCUGCAGCCAAGCCGUCACCUCCACCAGGGACCCUGCCCAAGGGUGCCCGCCCAGGCCCUGGCAUCCUGGACAAUGCCAUUGACUCUGGCAGCUCGGCUGCUCAGCUGCCUCAGAAAAGUAUCCUGGAGCGGAAGGAGGUGCUUGUAGCUGUGAUUGUUGGUGGGGUGGUGGGAGCCCUGUUCGCUGCCUUCCUGGUCACACUGCUCAUCUACCGCAUGAAGAAGAAGGACGAGGGCAGCUACACGCUGGAGGAGCCCAAACAGGCAAGCGUCACUUACCAGAAGCCUGACAAGCAGGAGGAGUUCUAUGCCUAGCGGAGCCGCAGUGCCUCCCCGCAGCCUCCAACAUCCCUCUGCCCAGUCCCCAGCCUGGCUCAGCCUGGCCCCCUGCAACCCCGGCCUGGGACUGAGGCUCAGAGGGAGAGCUUGGCCCCGGUUCUUCUCUGCCCUUCCUUUUAAGGCCUAUCCAGGUUGCCAGCCUCACACAGAACAGAGGGCACUGCCAUCUGCCCUGGAUUGUGUCCUUACGAGCUCAUCUCUCGUCCUCCGCCAGCCUUGGGCUUCGGGACCUCAUAUCACAUAAACAGGAGGAGGAAGCUUCUGAUUGGCUGGUGGAAGAAGGGGUGGGGCCUGAGCCCUCAACUUGGCCCUGCCUACACCCCACCCAGCAGGGCUGUCUGAGGGCAGAGAGGCACUGAGGCUGGUUUUCAGGACCAAUAAUUUGGCAAAUGCAGCCCUUAAAAAUAACGGGGAUACUGUAACCUCUCACUGCUGUUCUGGGGCCUCUCUCUCUGCCUGGGUCACACACAUUCCCUGUAUUGGCCUGGCCUCCUUGUGGUUGUGGGACUGUCCUGCCCUCACCUCUCGCCAGUGCCCUGGUGUCCCAGGCUUCACCUCUUUCUGCGUCUUCCCCCUGAGGAUGCCAGGGGUAGCCACUGGAGGAGAGAGGCCACUCUGAUGUCCCUCCUGGGCGGGGACUCUGCACAGACGUCAUUGCCCACACUGUCACACUUACUGUCAUCCGAUCACACACCCAGGACUGAAACACAAAAAGAUGAAAUCACACACCACCAUGAGCCCCUCCCCACCAGCCAGUCAAGACCAGCUCUUACAGACGCACGUGCUUCCAAAGAUGUUCUCCUGAGUUGCUCUGACGCUUACUGCAGUGCGGGUCAUGACUCGUGCUCGGGUGAGCGGUGACAGUGUGACCUCUCUCUGUCCCUCUCCCACCCACCAUGCACCUUCGGGUCUCCAGCUUUCAGGUGCCCCCUGGGGAGGGUGGAAUCAAGCUGGAACAAUCAGCCCAUAUUGGGUCCCCGAGUUGCCCUGUCACACUCAGUCCCACGCCAUGGCACCCAUACCAGCCACAUCUCUACCCACCAGGCCCCUGCCAGACAUAAUCCCAUAUGGGUGCCCAGUACCACUCCACUUGACCCCAUGCUCACUCUCCUAGGUGAAGGAUGCUCCAGGGGCUCAUGGACACAGCCCCCUCGGGCUGUUACCUGCCAGCUGAGCUGGGCCUUACCCCUGCCUCACCUGUUAUGAGAGGCUCUGGGCCAGCCUGCACUGGCUGGGAGCCUGGGACCUUCACUAUGGCUGAGGCAGAAAGGGCUUGGUAUCCUGACAUUGGACCCUGGGCCCUGGGAGGUACUUGGAUUUCCCAGCACCAAAGGCCCUGGACAGGGAGGAGGCCUGGCUCCUGGUCCCCCUGUGUCCUCCUGCCCUGAGCUAGGGGCCGAUCUGCCUCCCGGGGCACAAGUCUCCAAAGUGCCUGAGAGGGCGGGCCCUUCGCCCAGGCCCUCUGCAUCCUCGGCCCUCGCCCUGGCCAGGCCAACCUCAGCCCAUCCACCCCAGGCCGGUCCUUCCCCAUGCAACCUCAACUGCCCAUCCACCAAACACCUUGGCCAUUCUGGCCAUGGCUGAGUGGAUCCCUGCCCCCACCCCCUCAUAUCCCCUUACCCCAGGUCCCAAGGGCAGAGGUUUGAGGGGCUGGAGCAGGUGAUGGUGACAGUGGGGAUAUCAGAGCCCCCAGUCUACCUUCCUUUGUAAAUGGGGUCACUUCCUGGGCAUUUGGGCUAUGGGAUCACCAGUGGUGAAGGGUGUGUUUGGCGAGAACUCUUGGAGCCAAAAGGGUGGGAUGGGAGUUGUAAUUGGCUAGUGCUCAUACCCUCAGCUCCCACCUCCAUUCCUGCCAGUAUUCCCACCCCCACCAGGUUUUAGUUCUAGUCCCUUCUCAGAAUUCCCUGGCAGUGAAUUUCUGUGGGGUGGGAGUGGGAGUACUGGCUGUGAUGAAGCCGAGGUUCUGGGGCUCCUGCUUGUGGGUGGGACUCCCUUAUACAGAUACCAGAGCCCUCCGCAUGAGGAAGCCGGCUGGUCCCAGCCUUGGUGGAGGGGCAGGGAUGGGACAGGCCUCUUGGGACAGGGGACCUGGAGGAGGCAGCGUGGCCUCAAUGGUCCUGGCAGCAGAAACACUGGGGUCCAGGCAGCAGAGAAGGUGCUGUGCCAGCUCCCCUCUCCCCCACCCCCUGCUGGGCUGCUGUCCUGGGGACAGAGCAACUCUGGUGAGAAGGCCUGGGCAGGCCGAGGCUGAGAAACCAGGGAGUGUGGAGGAAAGCAAGCCAGGGCAUAGCAGCCCUGGGGCCAGAGACCUGCCCAAGCUAGGAGGA